AUGGCUCUAAUUCGGAAAAAAGGUACACUCUCAAUACUCAAACGGUUUCCAAGGUUGAUCUACUCCAGUAAAACCAGCAUAUCAACAUCGACGAGAUUAAGUCUCAGCAUCGGUAGCAAAAAAGUAACACCAACCGUCCAGGAACCUAGCAAAUAUUCCGGAUCCCCAACCCUUGGGAACACUGCCGGUCAUGUAUCCCUAAGCCAGGUAGCCGGGCUCGUUGAUAGUACCAAAAAGUCAACAUGUAAGGGGAAAGGUGGAAUCGUGAGCUUUAAAGCGGAAACCUCGGAAACAGAAAAUUCAGUAUCUUCGAAACUGUCUUGCUCUGUCAAGAGUUCGACAAAAAUCAUCCUGACUGCUUUGACACCGAAAAAAUGCAUCUCUCUUACCAUCGGUCUCUACUAUGACCAUGUACUCAAACAGACCAUACGAAGAGUCUACGAUUGCAAUAUAGGACAAGAGACCCUAGUAUACCGAGACCCUGAGCUCGGCAAAGAUGUAGCAUUGUAUAAAAAGGGAGAUUUUACUAUUCGCCGCUUCUAUGAAUCCGACAACGACUACAAAAGUAUUGCUUACUUCGUCGGCUGUGCUACAAAUGGUAAUCCUGUGGAACUUGGAACCAAGAGCAGGCGUGAUCAAGGCGCUUUGGCAAGAAGAGGAUUUUUUAAGGGGAACACGAAGGACCCCAUUUGGAAUUGUGCCCUCCCGAAUGCUGAUACUGUUGGCGGACCUAAAGACUCUUUUAUGUUUGCCCCAGCCAAUGUUGGCGAAUGUUUGGUGAUCAUAGCAAGCAGGGAGUGUCUCGCCCACUCUAGUGUUGCAUUUUUCUGGCUUGAUGAUUAG